UUGGCGCUCCGUACAGAACCACCCUUCUCUGGCCAGUUGUGUCGCUCCUCUAAGGAGCCCGCGGAGGUGGCGCCUGGGCGAAAGAGCCCGGCAGAAAAAGGAAGAGAGGAAGUAGAAAGGGAAGAGGGAAAAUGAACCAGGAGCUGGGGGAGCCAGCGAUAGGGUGGCCGGCGUGCAAAGGAAGCAGGUUCGGCAGCUGCUUUUCCGCACCCCGUGUAUGAACGCCCUCUCCUCUGCCACCUCAGUAAAUAAGUGGGUGUCGCCUGAACUGAACAGCAAGAGAAAAGAAGCCAGCCAAGUGAGAGCACAGCUCCUCUGUCGCUGCCGCCCCCUUGCAAGUCUGGCGGCUUCUCGCGGGGCCAGACGCUGCGCCCCAGGCGCCCUGCAGAUGGGGUGGACAGGGACCCGGAGCUCAAGCCACCGGUGACCCGCGCGUGGCUGGCCGACCGGCCUUCCCCGCUUGCAGAGGAUGUUAAGCAGAGGAGCCCUGGAACCGCAUCCGACACUGCCCGACGUCCGCUAGGCUGCACCUUGGAAUGCCCAGGGAGCGGUCGGGCUCCUGCGACCGCGUCGCCGCGUCUAGGGAAGCUGCGCUCCGGAUUUGGAGGCGGAGACCUCAGGCGGCGGAGACCUCCGGCGGCGGCUGCAGAGGGACGAGCCGGGCGCAGGAGGGGGCGCGCUUUCUCCCAGCGGGUCUCAGUAAUGAGGAGACUGAGUUUGUGGUGGCUGCUGAGCAGGGUCUGUCUGCUGCUGCCGCCGCCCUGCGCACUGGUGCUGGCCGGGGUGCCCAGCUCCUCCUCGCACCCGCAACCCUGCCAGAUCCUCAAGCGCAUCGGACACGCGGUGAGGGUGGGCGCGGUGCACUUGCAACCCUGGACCACGGCCCCACGCGCAGCCAGUCGCGCUCAGGACGGCGGCAGGGCGGGUGCCCAGAGGGAUGAUCCAGAGUCCGGGACGUGGCGGCCACCGGCGCCCUCGCAAGGCGCACGCUGGUUGGGGAGCGCCCUGCAUGGCCGGGGUCCACCGGGCUCCCGAAAGCUCGGGGAGGGCGCGGGGGCCGAGACCCUGUGGCCGCGGGAUGCCCUACUGUUCGCUGUGGAAAACCUGAACCGUGUGGAAGGGCUCCUACCCUACAACCUGUCUUUGGAAGUAGUGAUGGCCAUUGAGGCGGGCCUGGGCGAUCUGCCGCUUAUGCCCUUCUCUUCCCCAAGCUCACCGUGGAGCAGUGACCCUUUCUCCUUUCUGCAGAGCGUGUGCCACACCGUAGUGGUACAAGGGGUGUCGGCGCUGCUGGCCUUCCCCCAGAGCCAGGGCGAAAUGAUGGAGCUGGACUUGGUCAGCUCUGUCCUGCACAUCCCAGUGCUCAGCAUAGUGCGCCACGAGUUUCCGCGGGAGAGUCAGAAUCCCCUGCACCUACAGCUGAGUUUAGAAAACUCACUAAGUUCUGAUGCUGAUGUCACUGUCUCAAUCCUGACCAUGAACAACUGGUACAAUUUUAGCUUGUUGCUCUGCCAGGAAGACUGGAAUAUCACCGACUUCCUCCUCCUUACGGAGAAUAACUCCAAGUUCCACCUCGAGUCUGUUAUCAACAUCACUGCUAAUCUGUCCUCCACAAAGGACCUUCUAAGUUUCCUGCAGGUCCAGCUGGACAACAUUAGGAACAGCACACCCACAAUGGUGAUGUUUGGCUGCGAUAUGGAGAGUUUCCGGCAGAUAUUUGAAAUGUCCACACAGUUUGGACUAUCACCUCCUGAACUUCACUGGGUUUUAGGAGACUCCCAGAAUGUGGAGGAACUGAGGACAGAAGGCCUGCCCUUAGGGCUCAUUGCUCAUGGAAAAACCACACAAUCUGUCUUUGAGUACUACGUUCAGGAUGCCAUGGAGUUGGUUGCAAGAGCUGUAGCCACAGCCACCAUGAUCCAGCCAGAACUUGCUCUCCUUCCCAGCACAAUGAACUGCAUGGAUGUGAAAACCACAAAUCUCACUUCUGGACAGUAUUUAUCAAGGUUUUUAGCCAACACCACUUUCAGAGGUCUCAGUGGUUCCAUCAAAGUAAAGGGCUCCACCAUCAUCAGCUCAGAGAACAACUUUUUCAUCUGGAACUUGCAGCACGACCCUAUGGGAAAGCCAAUGUGGACUCGCCUGGGCAGCUGGCAAGGAGGAAGGAUAGUCAUGGACUCUGGAAUAUGGCCAGAGCAGGCCCAGAGGCACAAAACCCACUUCCAGCACCCAAACAAGUUACACUUGAGAGUGGUGACGUUGAUUGAACACCCAUUUGUUUUCACGAGAGAAGUAGACGAUGAAGGCUUAUGCCCUGCUGGACAGCUCUGUCUAGACCCUAUGACUAACGACUCUUCCGUGCUGGAUCGUCUGUUUAGCAGCCUGCAUAGCAGUAAUGACACAGUGCCAAUCAAGUUCAAGAAGUGCUGCUAUGGGUAUUGCAUCGAUCUCCUGGAGCAGCUAGCAGAAGACAUGAACUUUGACUUUGACCUCUACAUUGUAGGGGAUGGGAAGUACGGAGCUUGGAAAAACGGUCACUGGACUGGGCUGGUUGGUGAUCUCCUGAGUGGAACGGCCAACAUGGCGGUCACUUCUUUCAGCAUCAAUACCGCACGAAGCCAGGUGAUCGAUUUCACCAGCCCUUUCUUCUCAACCAGUUUGGGGAUCUUAGUGAGGACUCGAGACACAGCUGCUCCAAUUGGAGCCUUCAUGUGGCCACUCCACUGGACCAUGUGGCUGGGAAUUUUCGUGGCUCUCCAUAUCACUGCCAUUUUUCUCACUCUGUAUGAAUGGAAGAGCCCCUUUGGUAUGACCCCUAAGGGGAGGAACAGAAACAAAGUCUUCUCCUUCUCCUCAGCCUUGAAUGUCUGCUAUGCCCUUCUGUUUGGCAGAACAGCAGCCAUCAAACCCCCAAAAUGCUGGACUGGAAGGUUUCUGAUGAAUCUUUGGGCCAUUUUCUGUAUGUUUUGCCUUUCUACAUACACAGCGAACUUGGCUGCUGUCAUGGUAGGUGAGAAGAUCUAUGAAGAGCUUUCUGGAAUUCAUGACCCUAAGCUUCAUCAUCCUUCUCAAGGCUUCCGCUUUGGAACUGUCCGGGAAAGCAGUGCUGAAGACUAUGUGCGCCAGAGCUUCCCAGAGAUGCACGAGUACAUGAGAAGGUACAACGUGCCAGCCACCCCUGAUGGAGUGCAGUAUCUGAAGAAUGAUCCGGAGAAACUAGACGCCUUCAUCAUGGACAAAGCCCUUCUGGAUUAUGAAGUGUCAAUAGAUGCUGACUGCAAGCUUCUGACCGUAGGAAAGCCAUUUGCCAUCGAAGGAUAUGGCAUUGGUCUCCCUCCAAACUCUCCAUUGACCUCUAAUAUAUCUGAGCUCAUCAGUCAGUACAAGUCUCACGGGUUUAUGGAUGUGCUCCAUGACAAGUGGUACAAGGUGGUUCCCUGCGGAAAGAGAAGCUUUGCCGUCACUGAGACUUUGCAAAUGGGCAUCAAGCACUUCUCUGGACUCUUCGUGCUGCUGUGCAUAGGAUUUGGUCUCUCCAUCCUGACCACCAUUGGUGAACACAUAGUGCACAGACUGCUGUUACCACGCAUCAAAAACAAAUCCAAGCUGCAGUACUGGCUGCACACGAGUCAGAGGUUUCACAGAGCAUUAAACACGUCAUUCGUAGAAGAAAAGCAGCCACGUUCCAAGACAAAACGUGUGGAGAAGAGCAGAUGGAGAAGAUGGACCUGCAAGACAGAAGGGGACUCUGAAUUGUCUCUGUUUCCUAGGUCCAACCUGGGACCCCAGCAGCUCAUGGUAUGGAAUACUUCCAAUCUGAGUCAUGACAACCAACGAAAAUACAUCUUUAAUGACGAAGAAGGACAAAACCAGCUGGGUACCCAGGCCCACCAGGACAUCCCUCUCCCUCCGAGGAGAAGAGAGCUCCCUGCCUCAUUGACCACCAAUGGGAAAGCAGACUCCCUCAAUGUAACUCGGAGCUCCGUGAUGCAGGAACUCUCUGAGUUGGAGAAGCAGAUCCAAGUGAUCCGCCAGGAGCUGCAGUUGGCUGUAAGCAGGAAGACAGAGCUGGAGGAGUAUCAAAGGACAAAUCGGACUUGUGAAUCCUAGGCUGUGUCUCUCCCCACUUUCUCAGCCCCUGGUACUCUGAAGCCCUUGAGACACUUUGUAAAGCCCUUUUAUAUUCCUUGACAAAGGUGUGGGGUCUGGCAAUGAAGUGUGCUGUUCUGUGCCUAAGAUGCAGCAGCAGCAGCAGCGGUUCUUCCCACAAACGCCCCCAGGUCUUCAGGGUAGUAGUCGUUCCGAUGGUAGGAAGCUAGGGUUAGUCGGGAGUAAAGUCUGUCUGAGGGGAUCGGCGAGCUGCCAGACAACUCUGGCUCCUCUCAACCUUUCACCUGGUGCCACAAAAAAAUUUCUGGUUUUUAGCCCUUUCUCUGCACCUCAACAAGAGAUAAAAAGCUGUCGCUCAUACCUGUGUCUUACUGGGUUGGUUUUUAAUAUCACUACAAAACAAAAUUAUCCAAUGUUGCAGAUUUGAUACAACUCCCCAAUCUAGAUCUGAUCUAACAUUCUGAAUGAGCAGGGUAGGAGCCAGGAAAACGGGACAGAACGGAUACAUUUAAAAAAAAAAAAUGGAGCUCAGAAUUAUCACAGGUUGACUGGCUAAGCUGGCACCGUGAGUUUGAGCAGCUCUGGAUCUCUGAGCCUAUCCUGACUAAACUUUAGUAGGAACAUGUUGACGCACCACUAUGAACGGGAAAGGAAUGGAGAGUGGGAGCAGAAGACAGGCAGAUGGUGCACUGGCAACUCACGGGGUGCUUUUAAAAUAAAGCCCUGGGCCAGAAAGGCAAUGGCUAAAGAAUGUAUUGCACUAUACUUCUAAUGGAACUAAGCACCUCCACCAUAGUGUGUGCCUUCUAUAAAGGAGACAGAAGCAGCAAGGCCCUGUCCUUCACAGGAACCUUUGCUAUCCACCUAGCUAAUGCCUGUAACAGGGUCCGUGAGCUGACACUAUAUUAAGGGAAACGUUCUGCAUACCAUAGGUGAGGCUGUUUUCAGAUGUGGCCACCUCUUAGUCUGAGGAACCCCAGAAGCAACCAGAGGACAUCACAAAUGUCUACUUGAGUCUGCCCUGCUUUACCAUCUCCCAUCUUACUCGUCUCCGAUGAGUUAUGGUCAGUUCUAGUCUGAUUACCCUCCUGGCUCCAUGUAAUGCCCUCAGAGAUUGAUGCAAUCAGCCUAGCUUCCCCUCUGUUUAGGCAUCACUUUCUAGUCACACAGUUGCUUGGCAUGAAGAAAGGAAACAUGAGCUCUCUAGACUUCUUUAUGUUCCCAAAUGUUGGCUAAAUAAUCAUCUAAGGCCGCCAUCACAGUGCCAAGACUCUUAACCAGAAGUAAUGUUGGGAGGGCCUAGAGGUGGGCUCAGAAUCCUAACUCGAGCCAAUGCCUGAGGACACACACCACAGUCCUAAAGUUACUCUCAGAGAAGCACUGCUCUGGAAGUUUGGCUCCCUCGAGGCAUGUGAGAAGGACAGAGAGCCUGUCGCUUUUUCUCCUUUUAGUUCAGCACCCAACUACUGAUUGGUUUCCACAUCCCCACCCUGCACCAGAGUUCCAUUUGAGGUAGACCUUCUUGUUGAUCAGUCAGUGCCGCUUGUUUUUAGGUUCUCACUUCUCCAGUCAUUGUAAUAUCUAUAAUGAGUGUGCAACAGUGUCCUAAGCAGUGCUCAGAUCAUUAAAAGGGGCUUCAGUGGCACAACUCCUCUCACUUUGGGACACAACAUCUGCAUUCCACCAAGAGCUACACAGACUCCCACAUAAAGAUAGUGCCCUAAGUUGUAGUCAGAACACUUGAACAAUGAGUUAAAUGGAGGGGUAAACCUGGGACUGCAAGUAAGCUCAGAUAUUCAAGAGGAGCCGGGGGACUUUAAAAAUAGAAUAAGCAUUUCAAUGAAAGGGGGAGAAGCCCUGAAAACAAAGGACUUUGCAGUAUCCUAAUGCCCUACACCCCAGCAGGCCUCAGCUGCCUGUGGCGGGUUCCAUCCCUUAGCCAUCCCACCCAUCUGUAACAACGCCCUGGGGUCUCUGCUCCAAGCAUCCCUGGAUACCUGUUCAGCCUCCAAGGCUGAUGUAUAGUGUACCUCAAUUCACACGACAGCCAUGCUCCCGUAGUCCAUGGACAUUUGUUCAAUGACUCCUAUCUCAACUGUGCUCUAUUAGCUAUUUAAGGGAACACAGAGGUGAAUUCUUUUGUAAAGAAUCCUUUUGUAAUGCAAACCAAUUAUCCCUUAAGGUAUCUGUUUUGUAAGUUUGGAUUUUUGUACAUCUGGUUUAUCUAAAAGCUUCUCUACUGAGGCAUUCUGAGCAGUGGUGACCAGAUGGCAGAGUCUCCUGCCUACCCACAGAGCAGAGAACCAGUGCACGCUCUUAGGAGAAACUACCUGACCAAACUGGCCAGGGUGCAGCAAGUAGCAGCAGGAGUAAAGCAGGCUUACUGCUGUCAACACUGCUUAAAAUGCUUUCUUGUCCUGGGUAAAGAAAACACAUAAUUGCUUGUGAAGCAGUUUCAUGAUAAAUAGCAAAAAA